AUGGGCCAUUCUGUCAUCUCGCCUGCCAUCUUCUACUGGGGUACCCCGGUCGUUCUUGUCACAACAGUCAACGAAGAUGGAACACCGAACAUCGCGCCUAUAUCAUCUGCCUGGUGGUUGGGAAAUCGUGCCGUCCUAGGGUUGGGACGGAGUUCACAGACAACCGCCAACCUCAUCCGCACUCGACAGUGCGUGCUCAAUCUCCCGAGUGAUGACAUGGUCCAAAGUGUUAAUGCUCUGGCCCAAACAACCGGCACCAAAGAUGUGCCUCCAGGCAAGGUCCGGCGAGGCUAUCGAUACGAGAAGGACAAGUUCGGCAUCGCGGGAUUGACUCCAGCGUCUUCGGAUCUUGUACAGCCUCCGCGGAUCCAGGAGUGUCCGGUUCACAUGGAAGCUGAGGUUGUCGAUAUCCAUGAGCUUUUCAAAGACGGACCGGUGGAGUUGAAGGGGUGCCUCAUGGCGAUUGAGGUUAAGGUCGUAAAGACUCAUGUUCUGGAUGAGCUGCGACUUUCUGGGUAUGCGAACAGGAUCGAUCCUGAUAAAUGGAAACCGAUGGUCAUGUCGUUUCAGAAUCUUUAUGGAUUGAAGGAUGGAAAGCUGGCUGACUCGACACUUGCAAAGAUUGACGAGGAGAGUUACCGCGUAUAG